ACCCGCCCCCCCAGCCCCUCCCGGCGUCCGCACCCUUUCCUGCUUGAGUCAGCGGCGUCUGACUGCUGCUUCCGGGUGUCCCGCGGCUGUUGGGGCGUCCGCCUGUUUGUCUGGGUGUCCGUCCGGGUGUCCUCCUGUCUGUCCAUCGGGGGCAUCCAUCUCCCUCUUGGGGUGCCAACCCGUCUCUCCAACUGUCUGUCCAUCCGUCCACCGCCUUCCCGACGCCAUGUACACGGCCCUCCCCAAAAGCGGUUCCCCCUUCGGCCCCGCGCCCACCCACCCUGGGCUGCACAUCUGGCGCGUGGAGAAGCUGCGCCCGGUGCCGGUCCCUGAGAGCUCGUGGGGCGUCUUCUUUUCCGGGGACGCCUACCUGGUGCUGCACCUGGGGUCCGAGGAGCGAGCCCACCUGCACCUCUGGAUCGGCCGGGAGGCGUCGCAGGACGAGCGGGGCGGCUGCGCCCUGCUGAGCACCCAGCUGAACGCGCUGCUGGGCGAGCGGCCCGUCACCCACCGCGAGGCGCAGGGCCACGAGUCCGAUGAGUUCAUGGGCUACUUCCCCCGCGGCAUCACCUACCAGGAGGGCGGCGUGGACUCGGCCUUCAAGGCGGCGCGGCGCAGCGCUGGCCCCGAGCGCCGGCUGUACCAGGUGAAGGGCCGCAGGAACAUCCGGGCCGCGGAGCGGGACCUGAGCUGGGCCAGCUUCAACACCGGCGACUGCUUCAUCCUGGACCUGGGAGAGGCCAUCUUCACGUGGUGCGGGGCGCAGAGCAACGUCCUGGAGCGCAGCCGGGCUCAGGAGCUGGCUGCAGCCAUCCGUGACAGCGAGCGGGGCGGCAAAGCGCGCCUGGAGACGGUGCUGGACGGCGAGGAGCCCCCCGAGAUGCUGCAGGUGCUGGGCCCAAAGCCCACCUUGACGGAGAGCAGCCCUGAGGAGGACGCCGCGGCCGAUCGGAAGGCGGGGAUGGCCGUUCUCUACAAGGUGUCGGACGCAACGGGGCGCAUGGACCUGAGCGAAGUGGCCCGGAGCUGCCCCUUCAACCAGAGCCUGCUGUGCCCUGACGACUGCUUCGUGCUGGACACGGGCGCCGGGGGGAAGAUCUACGUGUGGAAAGGGCGCAAAGCCAACGAGCAGGAGCGGCAGGCGGCCCUCAGCGUGGCCGAGCAGACCAUCGCCCGCAUGGGCUACUCGCCCCACACACAGGUGGAAAUCCUGCCGCAGGGCCGCGAGACGCCGCUCUUCAAGCAGUUCUUCAGCGGUUGGAAGUGAGGCGGCGCCGUGGGCACAGGGUGGCACAGGGACGGGCUGUGGCCCCACUCCCACGCCCACCGUAUUCCCCACACCUCCAGCCCUGUGCCAGCUCCAAGCCCAACCCAGCCCUGCACCAUCAGCCCACCCUCACUGUGUCCGAGGCCAUGCCGUCCCCACUCCUC